AUAUUCCUUUCUCGGGUCCCGGAAGUACUGUUCUUGGUCGUGUUCCCAAAGUUGCAUACUUUCUCCUUUGUAUGUCUGCAACCAACUCUCUCUCUCUGGUCUCACUCCUUUCUUUACACAUUAUAGAAAGUCCUUUUUACUGAUCUGUAUAUAUACCCCCCUGCACAUGCAACAACUCCCUUGUAUCCUCAUCCUCAUUUCCCAUCUCUCUCCCUCUCUCUCUACAAAGCACGUACAAAUGCAUAUGGCAGAGCUCGACCGCCCAACCAAACCAAGCAAUAAUGUUCCCACCAACACUAGUAGCAGCACAGGCUUAAGCUUGAAACUCUUUGGCUUCAACGUCCCAGAAGAUGAAGAACCUUUGGACUCCUCUAAGAGUACCCCACCGGAUUCGGGUGCUUUUUCUACCUCCGGCGACCGGAAAUACGAGUGUCAGUACUGCUGCCGAGAGUUUACAAACUCCCAAGCCCUCGGCGGCCACCAGAACGCUCACAAGAAAGAGAGACAACAGCUCAAGCGGGCCCAGUUGCAAGCCACGCGAAACGCAGCCGUAUCGUACGAUUCGUACGUCCGGAACCCGAUCAUAUCAGCCUUUGCGCAGCCACCGCACCUCUUGGCCCAAGCUGGGACCGUUGUGGUCCCGGCUGGAGCUGCUGCGGGGGCUCAGCCAUCUUGGUUCUACGUGCCACGAGCGGCGCCGCCGUUCCACGUCUCGCACGGGAGCAUGUUCACAACGAGUACUGGUAGUAGUAGGGCGAGUAGUACGCGAGGGAGAGGUGCAGGGAUGUUAUUGUGCGCUGGUACCGUAGGCGAUUCGUCCUCAUUCAAUAUGGGCUUGCAGGUGGAACAGACGGAAGGCCAUGGGAGUCCUGAUGGGCCGUUAUUGAAUAGGUUGUCCAAAGUGGAUGGUGGGCCCACUUUUGACCACGUAAUGGACUUGGACUUGCAUCUUAGCCUUGCCCCGGCCGCAUCGUGAUUUCGACUCGAGUUUAAUUAGAUAGUGGCUUAUGGGGGUCGCUUCAUCUCAGCCAUGUUUAUCUCCCCAAGCCAGAUAUUGUGUAUAUUUUCCCUAUUUAUUUAUUUAAUUUUUUUUUUUUUUUUAAAAAGUGAUUUGGAGAGUGAGAGCUUGGAAUUUUUGCACUUUUUUGUUCUAUAAAAGAUGUCAUUUGCUUUAGAGAGACUGAGAUCAGUUUGGGACAUUUGAACAAUUUUCAUUCUAAUGCUCCAUUAAUCCAUUUGAUUGUUCUAAAAGAGAAUAGAACGAAAAGAUCAAAGCAAGGAGAUGAUUUCUGAGUGAAAUCUUAGCUUCCUUUUGGACCUAUAAAGUACAGAGAAAGGAAAGAAAAGUUUAGUAUCA